UCUCAAAGGAUAAACUUAGAAAAAGAGAGACAGAGUGUGUGCUCAAGUGCAUUUAUUGUUCCUUCUUCUCAAAGCAGAGAUGAGAGAUGAAGUAAAAGAAAGGAUAUCAUUUCCGUUUUAACGACGUCAGUGACACGGUUUAAGCAACCCAAGAUUUCAGUUCCGGUUUCACGAAUUAAUAUUUUCAUCAUCCAUAUUUUUCAGUUUUUGUAUAGAUAAAAUAUACAUUCAAAUAUUUUUUUACUAAUUUGAUUAGUUACUUUUUAUGAAAGCGUAUAGCUGAGACAGAAUUGUGUAAAUAAUCUGUCUUCGUUCAAAAUGGUUCUCGGUUAAGUGGUUUAUUUUCAUCAUCACUUUUUCUUUUUAUGAACGGCGUCAAAUAAAUCGUUUACUUGAAUUACGCGUAAAUCACUGAGCCA